UCUUUUAAAAAAAAAAUAGAUCGCAAGUUUCGUAGGCUAUAUAGACAUCAGUUACAAGCAGAGAAAGGAGAUGUGGAGCACGAGAAAAGUGAAAACAAAUUUAGGCCUAAUGCCACAAGGAGGACAAUAGUUAUAAUGCUUCAUGGAAGAAGUUAGAUGAUAGAACUAAUUGAAGCAUAAUUUCCUAUAUUUUAACAUGCUAUUUCGCUAUUUUUUACGGCCUUUCGCUCAUUAUGACUCCCGCGAAAAUUGCGUUCGCUGAUUAGGUCUGACCCCUACCGCAAGUUGACUUGAUUUAUAAAUUUAAUAGCUGAUAUGGAAAAAAUAAUCAAAUUUAGUUUUAUCGCCCAAUAGCUGAGGAGUCCGCAGAUGUUUUCAUUUUUAUUAUAAGUUUAACCAUUGCGGAGUUAUAAAUUCUAAACUAAAAACUGGCACAAAAGCGUUCGCCAUUGGUCCUUUCCCAUAGAUCUAAACCGAUCUAAAUAAUAAACAAAAUGGAGUCGUCAAUACCUGCAAGAAAAAACGUUGAAAUUAAAGUGAUACGAGAUAAUGAUGUCGUGGAUGAGAUCUGUAUAUCGCAAGAUUUGAUUAAAAGUUUAGUUUUAAAUCCUGUUUGUGGUCGUUCGAAUUACAGGCAUUCUCCAAUCAUCCAAGCAGCUAGCUUAAGAGUAAAAGCUGAAAAAGGGAAGAAGACCAAUUCACCAACUAAAGUGAAUAAUUCCCUUUCCCCAGGUAGUCCCUUAAUUAAAAAUGAACCUCAUUCUCCAUGUGAUGUUAAUAAAACCCAUACACCAACUUUAGUUGAUAAAAUUCUAACCUUAAAAAAGAAUAAUACAUUUAAAAACUCUCUUUCUACAAAAAUUAAAACUUGCUCUCCAAUUUCAAGUGAUAGUAACCAUUGCCAAACUGAAGUUAACACUCGUGUUAACAAAUGUAGAAGUGAUACUGCAUCUGUUCAACUGCAAAACCAUGAAUUGUCUUCAACUGGUUCUACUACAGACCUCCGUAAACUAUUAGUCCAGAAACAAUCGGUUGUUAGGCUACUGGAUAGCUUUCAAGAGCCUGUCUCAUCCCAGCUUAAAGUAGGACAGAAAGAAACACAACACAUUGAUAAGUGUGGUGAUGGGCAUCCAUCCACAUGUUUCAAAAGAAAAUCAUCACCCAUCGCACACUCUGAAAACCAAACUACUAAGAGGUCAAAGUUGAUAAAAAGUGAUAAAAUAAGCCUGGGUGACAAACGCACCAAGAACUCUAGGCGUAAAAAUGUAGGUAGAAAAAAAUCUGUAAGUCAUGCUACUUCUACAGAGACUGUAAACUCAAAACCUUCAGUGUCCCCUGAAAACAUUGAUCUAGAAACAGCUUGUGUGUCAUCAGCAUGUUCAGAUUCUCUGGCUCUUGGUUACAACUCUAAAUCACCAAGUGGACUUGAAGAUUCACUCUCUCACAGAAAUCAUGGAACUAGGAAGUGUCAACAAACAUUUCUAUUACCUUUGAAUAAUGAGGACUUAAGAGCAUUGGCCAUGGGGCAGAAAUCAGACAUUUGUUAUUCACCUAAAUCUGUAUCCAAGACAUCUUUCACUGAAUCCUUUAAUCAAUUAGACCAAGAACAAAAUUAUGCCAAAGUUGGCAAAAAAAAUAUUUUAGUAAUCUCUCCCCCUACAGAAUACAUACACAUUACAAAAUCUGGAUUGUUAUUGUGUGCCAGUGUAGUCAAAAAAUGUAUCUUAGAACUUUUGCAGAAAAACAAGAAAAAAAUCUAUCUUUGUAUAGACAUGGGGAAAAAAAGAACCCCAGAACUAUUAAGAAAAGAACAUUAUCAAGUCAGGCUUGAAGGGAAUGCCUUAAAAUUCUUCCCUGUAAAAAUAUCUUUUAUGAAAAGUAGAAGAAAUGCAGGUAUUCCAAAAACUGUUAGUCAAGCCUCCAGCAAUGUUGGAAAUGAUAAAAAUGAUAUUUGUACAUCAACAGAAUCUAAAGAGAUGUCAUUGUCCAUUAAGCAUACCUCAAGAAAUAUUGGAAAUGAGAAUAUUACUACAGAGAAAGUGUGCUUAAGUCAAGCCCAAGGCAGUGUUGGAAAUGAUGAUAGUUCAACUUUAACAGAAUCUAAAGAGAUGAUGUCAUUGUCCCUUAGCCAUGCCUCCAGCAGUUUUGGAAAUGACAAAAAUGAUAUUUCCACAUCAACAGAAUCUAAAGAGAAUAUGUCCUUGGCUGUUGAAACUACCAAGAAAAUGAAGGCUUGGGGCACCCCUAAAGUUAGUUCUCCAGGUAAAACUGUCUCAGAUGAGCAGGAGAUGGGAGGAACAAGUAGUAGUUUGACAGAAUUGAUUUCACAUGAUGAUAUUUCUACAUCAACAAAAUCAAAAGAAAUAACGUCCCUUGAAAUGACCAAGAAAGUAAAGACUUGGUGCACUCCUAAAGAUAGUUCUCCCUGUAAAACUGUCUCAGAUGAGCAGGAGUUGGGAGAAACAAGUAGCUUAACAGAAUCUAUUUUGCAUGAGCAAGUUACAGUGGCAGAAAAACAUGUUUCAUUUGAAACUGUCUUACAGAAAGAAGUCAAAUCUGAACAAAGCUCUUGCUCCGUAAUUUCAGUUACACCUGAACAAACUGCAGUUAAAGCAGAAAUUGCUGGCAUCCCUUCAAAAGCACAUUCACCAAUAAAAACAAUCUCAACUCAAAAAGAACAAACAGAUGAAGAGUUGAAACCUUGUUCUUUAAACUUUGUCCCACUUGAACAAACGGAAAACAUCCAUCCUUCAGUCUCUCUUGCAAAUACUGAGGAAUAUGCAGAAUGUGGGAGCAUCAUCUCUCAGAAGGAUAAUGCUAAAGAGAGAACUAAUGAUCCAAGUUCAGAAAAGAGGCAUCUGAAAAGGAUUAUGUCAGAAUCUGUUAUUAAUUUCACUGAACAUACUUCAAUGAUCAGUCCUGAAUGCUUGGGGAAAUUAUCAGGUUCAUUAGAAGCUGAUUCUGAGAGUAAUAUUACAUCAACAAAUGUGUUUGAUUUGCCAGUGAUUCGAUGGACGAGUCAAGAUGUGUGCAAAUGGUUUGCUUUCCAUGAUCUUGGUAUCUUUCUUAAAGAUUUUUCAGAACUUGAUGGGUCAUGUCUGGCAGAACUGAUGUACUGUCUAACAAGCAACUCUGAUGUCUUAUACAGCUACCUAAAAGAUAUGGGCUACAAGUUGACAGAGGCUCUCAAGUUGGCAUCAAAAUUGAGAACUUUGUCUAGUCAGAAGCAAGAUAAAAAAAGUCUGUGAUAAAACUAUUCCAUGAGAAACAUGAAAUGCAUCAGUUGAAUGGCAUCUGAUUCAGAAUUGUGUGAUCAACCACAAGCAUUUGAACAAAGGCAUGUACAUGAAAGGUGACACAUGUACAUUGUGACAUAAGAAAACUUAAUACUAGCAGUGUGUUCAAAGUAGUGUUCACCUGUCAGUCUAGACUGGACAUUUCUAUGCCUCAUCCUGUACUGAUGUAUCUGUUGUAUUUGUGUAUUAUUAGGUCUAUCUCUACAUAUUUAUUUUUACAAUGUACACAAGUAAUGUCUACUUUUACAUAUAUAUGUCUUUCCUGUACACGUUGAAUGACUCUCUGUAUAAUGGUGACAUAAUUCCCCCCCCCCCCCCUUUUUUUUUUUUUUACUUAUAUUUUAACUGGUCCUAAUUGAGCUUAGAGCAGAGGUUGGCAGACUUUAUCACAAUCUUUUGGUUCAGUAAAUAUUAUUACAGUCUGGUUGUGACUCAGUACAUAGUUUUACAAUAUUAUAGUGCUUUGACUCACAUCAUAAUAAUAUUUAUUAUUAGAAUGGCAAAGCUCAUAUUAUGACAAUGGUCAUAUUGUGAGAACAGUUGAUUUGAUGCACUGGGUGAACUUUGUAUUCCUCAUUGUUUUAUCAGUGUCCAUACCAUUAUGUAACUUUCAAAUCAUUCAGAGAUGCCUACAUGGCAAAUUGGAAAUGUGUAUUUUGAGCGGCAAAUGUGUAUUUUCCUAAAUAUUAAGAAAUAUACUCAGGAAAGAUUCAAAUCCUUCAAGCAAUUAACAUAAAUGAAAUGCAGCAAUCCAAAAAAAAUAACACAGCAUAAAGUUAUAUAAGACAUUCUGUGCAUUUUUCAAAAUAUUUUGUCAUAGACUAUUCUAGAAUUUGUUAGAAUGUUGCCAUUCUUGUCAUUUGGCUAUGAUUUUAUGAUCAUAAUGCCUUUUGUGUUUUAUUCCUGAUUCCACAAUAGCACCAACAGAAAAUUCAUUCAAAAUAAUGGGACUUUGUUAGAAGUGACUUUGGACUUAAACCAGAUGUUUUUCUUAGCUGGAUCAGUGACUUCUAGUGUGGUAAAGGGUGAUUUCUUUACAAGGUAUGCAGACACUGGAAACAUAAAUGAAAAAUUCAGAUUCUCUUCUUUCAGUCAGUGAUGAAAGCUUUAGCAUCCUCUACAAUCACUAAUCUAAAAAAAAAAACAACAAGGUUACACAGACAGUUUGUGUGAAACACAAACUCAAAAUUGGCCCCUGAAGUGGUUCACCUAGAGGCUUCACCAGGAUUUGACGGGACUUCCGGCUCCAAGUGCUUUACCCCUCAGCCACAGCAUCUCCAUAUAUUAAUUUAGCGUAAACUUAUAUUGUUUAAAAUAAUUAUAUUAACCUUAUUCAUACAUUCAAAAUUAAUAACAUGUACAUUGUAAUAAAGAGAAACUAAAAAAGAUUUAUUCUUCUUACAAAAUUAGAUAAAUUGUCAACACAAAAAAAAAUAAAAAUUCUUGACCUACUUUAAGCUACAAUUAUGUACAAAUGACAACAAGACUUUCCCCUCGCAAAUAAAAAUUAACAUCUCCAUUGUCAUUUGUCAUACAAACUAGACAUAUAUCUAGCUUAGCCUAGAUUGCCCUAGAUCUAGAAAUAGAUCUAAAUCUAGAACUAGAUCUAAGCCUAAGCCUAGAUUGCCCUAGAUCUAGAAAUAGAUUUAGAGUUAGAUCUAAGUCAAUCUAGGUCUAGAACUAGAUAUAGAAUCUUGAUAAAGAAUCUACUAUAUCUAGACUAGAACUCGUAUUAUAGGCCUAAUUAUGUAGAUUUGGGCACUAUUUAGUCUUAUUUAGACUGUCACUGUCAAGUGUAGGCCCCUACAAUGAGGAUAUGUCAAAACUGUUCGCUAUAAAAGUAGUUCGUUAUUUUUUAAACUUAUAAUAACUAAAACAAAGUUGGUAUCAAAAUUCUUUUUUAAAAAUAACAUUUAAAUCAGUAUUCUAUUCGUCUUUUCCCCUUUCGGGGGCCGUUAAAAAUAUAAGAUUUGUUUUCGGACAAAUAAUCCUUAUUAGUCAUUGAAUUGCUUAUAAUAUUGAAGCUUGGCUAUUGAGUCUGCUGAAUAUAUAAACUCCUAGCUGUUCUAAGAUAAAGCUUUUUAUUCUAGUAUCCUGAUUCUUUUUUUUUUCUGCAUAAGCAUUUAAAAAAAAAAAAACAACUCAGCCCUCAGUGUCUUUGAUUUCAUUUUUUGAAUUUAAGCUUUCAUAAGUAAUUGUAGCUUUAGAUCUGCCUACUUUCUGUAAUUUUAGAGUUAGGAAACUAGAAAGAGAAAUUAACCACAAUUUCUUCCAUUAAAACCUCUGCUCUUCUCAUCUCCUGAAUUGUGUGGUUUACAAAAAAUCUAAGCUUGAUCUAGAUGCAGCAGACUACUGUGAAAUCUAGAUCUAUAUAAAGUUAGAAAAGCCUUUUUUUUUUUUUACAUUUUAGAUUCCAUAGAUCUAAAUGAUAAGAAAGGAGAUCAAUUAAUCUCUUUUUAAGAUGUUGCUGCACACUUUUAAGAAUAUCUAGAUCUGGCUAGAUACAGAUAUCUAGAUCCUAUAGCUACUAGACCUAAUCAUUUGUCUAAAUCUAGAUUGUUUUCUUAUUUAACAUGUAUUGUUUUAUACCACUAUUCAUUGCCGACUCAUGAACUAGAGAAAAAUAAACUAUUGAACAGUUGAAGCUAAAAGUUUACUAUUUGACAUGUUUUUCUGUGAUCUUAAGAGAUAAUUUUUAGCGGUCACAAUCUUUUGGAGUAGCCGCUAUUAGUUUUGUGUGGUCUAUCUGUCUGUCCGUCUGUCCCAUUUAGAUCUCGUAAACUAGAAAAAAAUAUUGAAAAUUCUGACAUCAUGAUGUUUUAGGCCUUUGAAAGUACUGAUGCGGCGGCUACUUUUUCUUUAAUUUUAAAAAUUAACUAUGCAAGCACAUUUUUUUUUAUAAAAAUACACCAUUUUUACAACUAUUCACUAAUUAGUAAUAAUAGUGAAAAAAACAAGGGAGACUUAGUUAGGGAGAUGACUAAUCACCAUAUUUUUAACACAAACAGGUUUAGACUUUUGUCAAAAAAAAAUUUAAAUUGUAUUUCUAAAUGAAGUAAUUUCUGUCAUAGCAACUACUACAUAUAAAAAAAAAAAUGAUUUAGAGUUUACGUUUUUUGACAGUGGUUAGCAGGUGAUCAUGGGGUCCAAUGGCUGUAUUUAUCCUGUUUCUUAUCUCUUCAUUUGUGAUUUGUGACACCUAGGAUUUUAUUUUUAACUAUACCUUCAUAACUAUCACUUCAUUUAAUACAUAUGAAUAUUAACAAUGUAAUAAUAAUAACAUAAAUAAAUCUCUGUAUCCUGUGAUAUCAACUUGUUAGUGGAACUAACAAUGCAACAGUAUCGGCCACACUUUCAACACGAGCACAUCUCUUCUUUCUGUAGUUGUUGAUAGUUUGUAGUUCAUAGCUUGAUACUCUUGCUGAAAAUAUUGAAACCUGCUUGAGCAAAUCACUUCGGGGGCCGAUUUUGAGUUAGUGUGGAAACACAAACUGUCCUUGUAACCUUGUUAAAAUUAAGGUGAGUUUGAGGAUGUUCUGGACAGAUUUUUACUAUUGUACAAAAAUGUCCUAUGUUUUAUGGAAUCAUUAACACAAUCAAGAACACAUAAAUCUUAAAUGUGAAUUUAAGUAGUUCUUUCAAUGUCCUAGUCACUUCUCGUUCUGAAUAUAUAUUCAGGGCAUUUCUUUGGCCACACAGUUUUCCAAGUCAGCAUACAUCCUUAACAUAUGUAGGAAUUUUCUUUUUGUAGUCUGGUGCUUGGAGAAAUAGGAAAAGAUGUUGAUUCAUUUCUUACUAUAUUUACAUCUGAUGGUCAUGUUUGUUUGGUAUCAUCACUUAACCUUGUUCCUGCUAAUUUGUUGGAACAAAAACAUAGCUGAGCCACCAGUGGAAGUGGAGCAUUAAUAUGUUAUUGAUUAGAAUACUCCAGUUAGUUUCUGUCUUUUAUUAUUUUUGUAUGGGCUUAUGAUGCAGCCAGUUUUGAUUAAGAUGUCUGUUCAAUGUUUGCAGUCAUCACCAUAGUCACUGGUUUCAUCAGCAAACACUGGCAGCUUAGUGCUUGAAAAGUUUGAUCCAAAACAUUGUUUUCAUUGGCUGUAAGUAUGUUCAUGUUUCAGUGCAAUGAUUUCUCUCCUGACAUCAUCAUCUUUCCUACAAUGUUCACACAGUGAGUCUUAUAGUGUCAUCUUAAACUCAUUGUCUGUGUAAACAUCUUUGGUUGGGUUCUUCCUAGUUGGUAUUAAAGCAUACAUCUGUAAACAUCUUUUUUUUUUCUUCUUUUAACUAUCUUUCAACAAAGUAAAUUUAAACAUUACACAUUGAUAUCCUCAAGAAAUCUUUUUUACUUACGUUCUUACUAUAGUGUUUAUUCUAAAAAGAAAAAGUCACUUUUUAUGAUGGUUUUGUAAAUGUACUUUAAUUACUAAUGCAUGUAAAUAAAGUUAGCAUUUAAAUGUG